AUGGGGUCCGGUAGUUUGGACCAAUUCGCCACCGCCGAUGUGUUUGCGAUGACACAAGCGGAAAGCAACACACUACAAAAGGCGCAGAGGCAGGUCUUGUCGCUCAUGGCGCUGGAUAGCUUCCCACGGUUCCUGAACAGUCCACAGGGGGUGAAGUAUAUGACCAG